UGUUUUACACACCACACUGAAAACAUGAAGGGUCUGAUUGCUCUUCUCCUGGUGGCUCUGUGCCUUGAGGGUCUCAAUGCAGCAUGUCCUGAUCAAGCCACUCUGAAAGACGACCAUGGUAGCAAACUCUGCGCCCAGAUGUUUGAGCACAGCAGCUACUACUAUGACAAGAGCUGCACUGGCAGUUUUCUGAACGUGUAUCCUGAUGAAGACAUCCCCAUCAUGCCAAAGACCUGGGAGAAUCGUGUAUCUUCUUUGGUGGUGAGACGCGGCUGCUCGCUGACGGUGUGGUCCAAAUCCAAGAAAAAGGGAGACAAAAAGAAGUUUCCUGCUGGUGUUGUCUACCACCUGAAGGAGUUUAAGAGAGGCCUGUUUGGAAACUGGAAUGAUGACAUCUGUGGAUACUACUGCACAUGCUAGACCUGAAGACAGAGGCUCAAAAGACAUUAAUAUAUAACAUCAGUGACACAGGAGAACAGUUGUAACCCUUUGUUUUCAGAUACAAUUAUAAAUUUGGCUUACCUUAUUUCUGUUUAAUGACUGCAAAUGAUUAAAACAUCACAUAUUGCAAGAAUGUGAAGCAGAAAUAUUCAAGACCUGGUGCAUGAUUCCUUUUAAUUGCAAUAAAUUCACUGAAGCAACAUGGUCACACGUGAUUAGCAAGUUUUAAAAGGGAACCUUUUAAGAUGGAUAAAAAACAUCAUUGCAGUGAAAUAUCUGAGUUCGAAUGUAUUUAUUUGACAGGGUCAUGCACAUUACACAACAAUACAUUGACCUUAGAAAGGAUGUUUUGUGGUGUCUUCAGUUUUAUUCAUUCUGAUUCCUGCUUUCAUUUUAAUAAAGCGUAAGUGAAAAUGUAAAUUAAAA